CCGCCCACUUCAAUAAACCAAACGUCUCUCCUCCAAUCCAGACAAAAGCCUGAGCAUCUGGAGCACCUUUAAGGGAGCGAGACUGAUCCAAAGCGCAGGAACGCACCGCAGGCAAGCCGACAGGACGGGUACACAUUUGAAUUCCACCUGAAAAUCUCCGGGCCGGCUGAUUGACCUUGGUGAAAGACGCAGAAAGGGAGAGUGAGCCCCGAUUUAUCCGUAAAGGCAGCACAGCGCGUUCCCAUGAUGUCAUACCUGUGGAUUCUGCUAUUAGGGAGCCUGCUGGCCUCACACACCAAAGCGCUAGAUGAUACGCAGAUAGAAGGGACGGGAGAAACUGAAACAGACCCAGUGGCUGAUGGAGAUGCUGAUGGUGCAACAGUUACAGAAGUAGCACAUGUAGAAAGCGAAUCUGAGACAGAUAAUGACCCUGAGCCAGCCACGGACCCUGAGCUGGACGCGGACCCUGAGCCGGCGGCGGACCCUGAGAUGGCGACGGAUCCUGAGACGGCGACGGAUCCUGAGCCAGCGGUAGUCUCUGAGCCAACAUCUGAGCCUGACCCAGUGGUUGACCCUGAACAAACACCUGAGACUGAGCAGGUUGCUGACCCAGAACAAACGAAUGCACCUGAACUAGUGGUGAAACCUGAGUUAGGUGGAGAAGAACCAGACAUAUCUACAGCACCUGCAGAAAUAGUGGAACCAGUUGCACCUACAGAGGCAGAUCAAGAACCUCCCACAGAAGUCACAGAACCAGUAGCACCUAUAGAAGAAGACUCAGGAGUAGCUACUCCUGCUGCUGGUGAAACAGUAGCUCCUGGAGUUACUCCUGCAGUGACCGCUGAGAUAGAUGCACCUGCCACACCACAAGAUGCUGAUAUUGAAGUGCCUAAGCAGACAACAGCUGCUGAACUCGAGGAAGCUACACCAGCUCCCACAACCCCAGCUAAUGGAAUUAAGCCUGAAGAAGAUGAGGAGCCCUCACAGAAAACAAUCAUUGAAAAAAUUGGAAGGCAGUUCAUUCCAAUUGUUCGGGGGGAAGUAGAGAAAAUCAGUCAGCCAAACGACAAUGAAGACCCUAAUGUUAACGCUUCAGCAGACAAAGACGCCCAAUCCGGAGAUGGAGGCUCUAAACCUUUAGCAGCAAUCCUGUCCAGCAUCAUUGUGUCUGCAGUGGGAGCAGUCACUGGGUACUUUGCCUAUCAAAAGAGGAAACUGUGCUUCAAAAAAGGCCAAGAAGCAGAUGAGGAGGCUCAAGUCAAUGCAGUCAAAGUAGACAAAGCAGACGCGGCAGACGCUAAGUCUGAUCCCCAGGAAUCCAACACGUUGCUGAACUCCUCCCAGCCAUGAUCAUCUGACUAGCCUGGACCAACUUCAGUCAAGCAGAGGCAAUCUCACUGUUAGCCCCCCCCCCGAGUAGGCUUGUGUGUUUCUGAUUGUGUAAGUGUGUGUUGGUCUUUAUGAGCUUGUGUGUGUUUGUGUGUGUGUGUGUGUGUGUGUGUGUGUGUGUGUGUGUCUUUGUUCUUGUGUGUGGCAAAGGAGUUAGAUAUAGAUCUAGUGGUUUCUGAUUAUUCAAACAUACAAAUUCAUUAAAAUGAUCAAUCAAAAUCCAACUUUUUUUCUUUUUGCCGGGUUGCCAUCAACCCAUCAACCCAUCAAAGAGAUUAAAUCUCAUAUGAAUCUGAAACAUUGCUCUUUUGUUUGAGAUGGCGACUAUCAAGUUUUAGUUAUUCAAUGUAAUUCAAAACCAGUAACGGAGAGUUAUACUGUCAGUGUUGAACUAGUACUUUUUUGCAUUUAUUGAGCCAAACAUAUGAUUUUGAAAGUAAACAAGUGUCUAAAAAGUGUCCUAAACAAAAAAAGAAUAACAUAAGUUAUCUGUUGUACAAGUGUAGAAUAAGAUGACGAGAAAUGGCAUGAAUCACUACCACUGUACUUUGUAGAUUUUAACAUGGGAGAAGUGUCUAAUCCUAAUUUUCAGGGAAUGACCUGAUUUAGAUUAUUAUGUGCUUGGAAUGCCAAUGACAUCUCUGUAUUGCUCUUGUUUUGUUUGUUUUGCUCUGGCGAAGGGAAUUAGACUUAAAUCUUGUUAAGUGACUGUUCAUCAGUCAGCUGAAUAAAUUAGGUGUUGAUGAAAUUUCUUAUUGACCUUUAAGAUAAACCAACCAAAUACUGGUCCUUGGUUGCCAAGUGUUCAUACCCUUUGACAUUUUUCGUCACAUAACAACAAUAACUUAAAUGUAUUUUAUAACAAUCUGGUGUGAUAGACUCAAAGUUUAGCAUAAUUGUGAAGUGGAAGUGCAUAUAAAGACUGCCGUUUUUGCCUUUUCUUUUUUCCAAAAUAGUGCAAGAGUUCAGUUUGGAUGAUGAACAUCCAUUUUUGAGUUUCCAUUAGAUUUAGGUCUAGGUGCUAUAGCAUGAAUAAGUCUUGAUCAAAGCCACUCCAUUGUAGCUCUGGUUGUAUGUUUAUGGUUGUUGUCCUGAUGGAAGGUGAGAUCUAGUCCCAAGUCUUUUGCAGGGUCUUAAAGGUUUCUUCCAGCAUUGCCCUGUGUUUACCAAAAUCCAUCUUUUCAUCAAGUCAGACUCGCCUCCUAAUCUUUGCUGAUGAAAAGCAUGCCACGCUACCCUGCUUAAAGCUGGGGAUGGUGUGUUCAGGGUGGUGGUUUUCCACCACAUAUAGCAAUUUGCAUUUAUGCCAAAAUGUUUGGCUAAAUUCUCAUCUGACCUGUACAUCAUGUUCACUGUGUCCUCUUUAUGACAUCUGGCAAACUUUUACAUUUAAGCCAAAAAUUGUGUCAGAGUCUUCACAACUUUAUCGCUGACCUGUCUGCUGCAUUUAAUUACACACAGCUGAACUCAAUUUACUAAUAAGGGCACUUCGGAAGUUAAUUGGUUGUGCUGGAUUUUAUUUCGUGGAAUUAGAUAAAAUGGGGGUUGGUUUAAAUGCAAGACACACUUGCAUUUCUAAAGCAUGUUUAAAAACAUGCAUCAUUUCUCUUUUUUGGUGUUGAUCUAUUACACAAAAUUAUAAUAAAAUAUUGGUUGUUGAAAAGGUUCAAGGGGUAUUAUUACUUUGUAACCAUUACCAGAUCCAGAAAUACUAAAGACAUACAAAUGUAAUAACUGAGCAUUUUUUUUGCAAUGUUUAAAAUUCAUUGAGGCAAACCUGAAUUUAAUCCCCUAGACAAGUGGUCACCUAAAAUGGAAAAGUUAAAAAUUAUGUUAUGUAAUUAUGUAUAUGCAUUUUUGUUUUGUAGUACGUGUAGUUUUGAUGCAGUGAUUUAUUUGUUAUAGUGCCUUUCACUGUCACAGCCUGGCUUGUUCAAUCUAAAGGCACACAGAGAAAACAAUAAUUAAAAAUAAACAAUAAUUUAAAAACAAGCAGUUCACACCAAACAAAAAAGUAAUGUACUAUAUGCUGUUCAAAAUGUAAGCAAAAUGUAUUUAAAAGUACUAUAUACAAAUGAUUAUAACUGCAACUGAAUAACAUGUUCAAAGCAGGCCAAUUUUAUUUUUGACACCAACAAUUUUACCAACAUCAUCUGGUAUCAUGGUAUCAUGUUCAAAGCUCUUCAUAAUGUGUGCCUUUUCAUUGGAACAAGCCAGUUGCUUUCAGUGUUUUUGUAUCAUUCAUAUACAGACACCAUUCACCUGUGACCUUUAUAUGAAUUUCUACCAUUUUAGCAGUGGUGCCUCUGAGCCGACACUGAUGGUUUUUUGAGUCAACUAGUCUUUCCUGUUAUUUUGUGAUUAUUGUGAAUUGACUCAGAAGAAGCCGCACUACUAGCUUUUUUUUUCUCUUGUCUCUUGCCACUGUAGCACAAAUUACCCUCUGAAUGUCUUUCUUUUUAGGUUUUGUACUUUCUGUACUUUUAAAUGAAAUAAUGUGGUUAUACUGGGUGUAUAGUGCUGCGGUUCCUGAGGUGUGUUAGCUGUUAAACACUAUAUAGCUUCAAUACAGGACAGAGACUGUUGCUAACAGCCUAGCCUUGAGGUGAGAAAUAGUCUGUGAUGUCAUAUUAAUUGUUUUAAUGAACUGUGGGCUGAAUGUGAGGUCAAAGCUCUGCUAACUGCCAUCUUCGCCUGUAACCUGUGAUGGACAAUAGACAGUUUUAUCUUGAGAUGUUAAAGCACGCAGAUAAUAUGUCUGGCUUAGAGUGAAAAUGCACAAAUUACCCAUUGUAUAACAGUACAAGCUUUCUGAGAUAGCCAGCGAUGCCUUUAAAAUAUAUAUGUAUCUUCCCUUAAGUGCAGCACUUUCCCCCUUCUGUGCACAUUCCAGUGGGUGCUUUAAGAUUCAGCAAAAGCCCCUUGAUGUCCUGCAGUGCAAAUUCAGACUCAAUUAAUGCAAGAGAAAAUUUGUCAGGGCUAAUCUACUUUCCAUUUUUCCCCAAGAAGUCCCAAGGGGCACAAAAUAUCGGACUACAGCAUCCAAACCAGAAUGUAAACCCCUGGGUUCUGAAGUGCACUUUCCAGAUCAUGCAAGAGGGCAUCAAACGUGACGCUAACCAGUGCUGCCUUAUCAUUUAUAUUAUCUUAAAAAUUCCUGAGGGGGGAAACAAAGAACAGUGUCAACGUCAACAGAGAGAUGAGCAGUAAAAUUUAUUUUGUUUUGUUUGUAAGAACAUUCUCAAUUGGAGAAGCACUUUCCUAUCCUGUAUACACAUUGAUUUAUUAAAUGCAUUAAGACCAGUGUAAAGCUUUUCCUGUUAAUUUAAUAUUCCAUGUUGAUAUUUUGUGUAGGAACUGUCUUCUUCAAUGUCAUCCGGAACUUGUGCUCUACUGGAAUUGUGUAAAUAAUGUUUGACAAGUCAAUUAAACACUUUUCGUGGGA